ACAGAAAGCGAAGAAUACCUCUUAGCAGCUGCGGAUCAACCUUCCGGUCCUCGUGCUGCUCGUUUAGCUCAAGUGAUCAAAGCGAAAUACGACGCCGGACUUCUCAAGCCGUACGACUAUGUGAAAGGGUACGAAAGGAUGAACAAGUGGAUGGAAACUUCCACUCCUGUCCCGACAUAUGCCAACAGUAUCUCACCCGAAUCACGCCGACGCAUCCUUGCUGCUUUGAAUGGCUUCCGACCAAAAUUCAGACAGAUAGCCAGAACUUUGACUGAUGUGGAUCUUGUCUUUAUCGAGGAAGCGAUGGAGAGAUGGAUGUUGGAGUAUGAUCGAGCGUUUGCGUCGAUACACACCCCAUCUUGUAUCUGGCGUCGUACUGGAGAAAUCCAGAAGGCGAACCAGGAAUUUGCCAAUCUCACUGGCGUUCCCGCCAGUUUAUUUCGGAAUGGGCUGCUGUGCGUUUACGAGUUGAUGGAUGAGGAUAGCGCAGUGAGGUUUUGGGAAGGGUAUGCAAAGGUCGGUCUGGAUGCUGUACACCAAUUGAUAAGUGGAGGACCGGGAUCGGAUUCAGGUUGGAUGGAACAAUAUAACAUUAUUAAAUGUUGUUUUUCCGCUACUAUCCGGAGAGACGCUUGGGGGGUUCCGGUGGCUAUAAUGGGACAAUUCAUCCCUCAGGUUUGUUCCAGAUAA